AUCCUCAAUUUAACACUAAAAGAGGAGGGUAGUAGGCUAGGUGUUUGAUCAUGACGAGCCAGAGAAUUAGUGAAUAACUUCCAUUUACUUUGUGAUAAAAUAGCUUUAGAAAACACAAGACAAGAGCAUUAAGUCAAGGUAAAGGGAAUGAUUUUCCUAUUGUCAUGCAUUAACAGUGUCAUAAUGGAUAGAAUCUUAUCUUAUGUUUAGCAUGUGGUUAGAGUCUAAGAGAUUCGCUUUUAAGUUGAUGUAUAUGAAAAAAUAUUUAUUAGAAGAGGUCGAUCCCUUAGAAAAAUCUUAGUAUUUGAAGAGAUUAGUUCUUAGUUUUGCUUAAAAUCAAUUAUGAUGAGAACUAAGAAAAGUUUGAGUCCCCUAAGAAGGAAGUAAAGAAGGAGCAAAUGACCAAUAUAAUGCAACAACUGCUGCCAUGCUCAGGGAUUCCUUGGAGUAGCAUGAAAGACAUUGUUGUUCUGGAUCUUCUUCACUCAUUACGCAAAUAACAAGUCUCUCUUUUUCCUCCUUAAAAAGUAAAUGGAACAAAAAGAGAAGCAGAUUUUAAAGAGGGAAAAGGUGCAUUGAUGUUUUGAGAACUUUGUGUUGGCAGAAUAAAAAAAUGGGUCUUGGUUCUGAGGCUCACAGCAUGAUUUUCAUCAUUACCAUAAUGAUGUUCCCAUCAUUGCAAAGAGCCAACAUUUUGACCGUGGAUGCUACGUUGAAUGCAGCAGGAAAUGAAAACCAUGUCAAGAAAAUCUCAGGAAUGGAAGAGAAUGAAAACAAGCAUACUCCUAUAGUGGAAAACUUUAAAGCUUUGUUUGGACUCGACAGGUUCAACACAAGAAGACCAUACUCUAGCGUCUCUGACUCUGACUUUGUGUCCCUCUCACAUUCUGAGUCUCCCAACACCAAAACUGAGGCUCCAAGUCCAAGAUAUCACUCACAUAGGAACAUGCCACUUAACAAUAUUCAACAACAAGAUAGAGGCGUGGCAAAAAGAACAACACUAGUGGCUGUUUUAGUACCUGGUGGAGUUGCUGCAUUGAUUUGUGCACUUGCGUGUGUAUGCGUUUGCAGGAAAUUCAGAACUCAGAAGAAGAAACCCAAUAGGACAAUACCACUCUCUAGCAACAACGGGAGAACAAAAGGUACUUGCCAAAAUUCAUCAAGCAAUGUGAGUUUCAACCCUGACCCUGAUCUGUUUUACCUCACUUGUUUGAAACAAACUUGUGACACACAAAAUAGCACUUCAAGCCAUGGUUCCCUAAAUCGUACAAUUUAUGAGAAGCAAGUGGCACGUCAAUGUGACUAUGCUAGCUCUACCAGUUCUUCCACUAAUGAAAUUCUCUCUGUUCAUGAGGAUUUGGAAUAUGAUGGUGGCUGCAAAGCUUCCUAUGUAGAAAAAACUGUCACCGGAGAAUACCGUUCAUCAGAUAACGAAAGUUUUCAUUCAUGUGUUGACUCACAUUCAUCAAUAAGUGAAACAGAAACUCUCUCUCUUUCUCCCAGAAACUUAAUUUCUUCAACAAAUCAAUUUCCUUGCUCCCCUCAGAAUUCAACUUCAAAGUUAAAAUCUAACCAAUCACCUUGCGGUCCAAAACAUGAAGAGCAAAAGAAGACUGAAAUUUCUCAUCCUAGCAAUAGCAUUCCUCCACCUCCAUGCCCACCUUCAUUUUUAAAAGGAAACAUUAACAGUGUCAAAUCUCCUCUGCCAAAACUCAAACCACUUCAUUGGGACAAAGUAAGAGCCACGCCAGAUCGAACAAUGGUUUGGGAUAAGCUACGAACAAGCUCGUUCAAGUUGGAUGAGGAAAUGAUUGAAUCACUUUUCGCCUACAAUUUACAAAAUUCAAUGAAGAACGAUGAAACGAAAAGCAAAAGCCCGUCUCAUGGCAUGCACGUACUUGAGCCAAAACGGUUGCAAAACAUAGCAAUAUUGUCAAAAGCUCUAAAUACCACAGCUGAACAAGCAUGCGAUACCCUGGCACUAGGGAAGGGCUUGUCUUUGCAACAACUGGAGGCACUGGUGAAAAUGGCACCCACGAAGGAAGAAGAAGCUAAGCUCUUAACUUAUAAAGUUAACGAACUGGGGUCGGCGGAAAAGUUUGUGAGAACAAUGCUUAGCAUACCAUUUGCCUUUCAACGAGUGGAAGCCAUGCUUUACAGAGAGACUUUCGAAGAUGAAGUAGUUCACCUCUGUAACUCUUUUUCAACGCUAGAGGAAGCAUGCAAGGAACUAAGGUCAAGCAAGUUCUUCUUGAAAUUAUUAGAAGCAGUGCUGAAAACAGGGAACCGCAUGAACGUUGGAACAAUCAGGGGAGGUGCCAGAGCCUUCAAACUCGAUGCACUUCUCAAGCUUGCUGAUGUUAAAGGAACUGAUGGUAAAACCACUUUGCUUCAUUUCUUUGUUCAAGAGAUUGUUCGCUCAGAAGGAAUGAAAGCUUCAGAGAGCAUCAUGGGGCAGAAAAGUGAAAACAGAACUGAGGAAGAGAAGGAAGAAGUUUACAGAAGAAUGGGAAUAAAAUUUGUUUCUGGUCUGAGUGCCGAGUUAUGCAAUGUUAAGAAGGCAGCCACAAUUGACGUGGAUGUUCUUGCAUGUUCUAUAUCGAACCUAUCAAGUGGAAUGGCUAACAUGCAGAAAAUGGUAAAGGCUUUGUUGUGUGAGGAUGAAAAGAGUGAGAGGUUUGUCGUUUCUAUGAAAUGUUUUCUGAGUUAUGCAGAAAGGAAGGUGCAGGAUUUGCAAGGAGAUGAAGGUAGAGUCAUGGGUCGAGUCAGGGAAAUAACUGAGUAUUUUCAUGGGGAUGUGAGUAAAGAUGAGCCGAAUCCACUUCGAAUCUUUGUGAUCGUGAGGGACUUCUUGGAGAUGGUAGAUAAUGUGUGUAAUGAACUUAGAAGGUCUAUCAAAUCCCCUCGCACCAUUUGGAUACAGUAGAGAGCCUCGACUGUUUAUGUGUUUUGGAAUCAUGGUUAAGUUUGAUUAUUUGAACGUAAACAUCAUGUGUGGGAUUGUAUAUAUGUUUUGGAAAAGGAAAAAAUAUAAUAUUUCUACAGCCCGGAUAUUAUG